AUGUGCAACGAACUACGAGCAACUGACACACGGGGCCGGCGUGAUGCGCUCAGGAAUCAUCUUCCAGAUGAGCAACACGGCCGUCUUCGUGGUGCUGGUCCUUGGUACAAUACUCCGUCUACAAGGAAAGAGGGCAACGCUGGUCUCAGUGGCGGGAUGGCCAGUGAUGAUAGCUAUGUGCUUAUCGACGCUGAUGGUACUGAUCCGUAA